CCACCCGCCCCGUCUGGCAUGGAAGCAUUCGCAGAACACGACACAACCUCCUGUCUUUCCAUUCCUCAACCCCCAAAGCACCUCAGAUCAGAUCCGAAUAUAGCACCACCCACAUAGCGCACCAUCAUCAUGACGACGACCAUCACCAAUGAUCGCCCUGUGCUUACCCCAAUCAACGUCCUAGCCACGAUCGCCGUACCAGAACUUUAUUCUCUGCCGCUCACGCCUCCCGCGUCGCCCUCAAAAGACCGACACCUUCGGCAACUGCUGCCGAGGUUAAGCCUCUCGCACGGCGCUGCCGGCGAGAUCACCCCGCCUACGUCACCGACCAAGGCGUACUCUGAGAGGAGAGUUUGCCAAUUUCUGAAGACGGAGAGGAAGAGUGUGAAAUAUCGCUCUGCGGAUAUUACGCUCGAUUUUCUGCUUCCUCGGGCGGGCGUGGUAAAUGUCGCACCGAGAAAAUACACCGCGCCGCACAUGUUGGAGAAGCACCACGCGUACGUUGCCGCAUCUGAUUUCACCCACGAUGCGGCUAAACCUGCUACGGAGUGUAAAUCCUGCAAAGCACACCUCGGUGCAAUCCAGUUGGCUUUCCCUGCCAUUCCAGAUGAUAACACCGUUCUCGCUUGUGCCGCAUGGCUUUUCGUACUCUGCAAGGUCGAUGACUUGUUGGAGACGGAUGAGGAGGUCGUUGAUGUUGGUGAGAUCGUAAGAGCGAGUCUCGAGGUGUUGAAGGUCGAAAAAAGCUUGGAGGAGGCGCUCGCUGAGGCGAUGCAAGAAUUAGUCUUCCUGGCUCCGAGGGCGAGGGCGGAGAGCAACGCUUCUACUAUGUCGGGAGCAAGCUCGAUCUUUUCGCCGCCUAUGUCGAGGUCGUCUUCGAUGGAUAUGUCUGCAUAUGCGGAGAGUGAGGCUAGCGAGGUUGAUGGCACGAUAUUGCCCCGCGUCUUGCACAUCUUGAACCAGAUGAAGCGACACCUCGAGGAUCUUCUUCCUGAGACUUGUCUUCCUCGUGUGUUCCAGGCACUUCGUCAUGUAUUCGAGGGGUUCACCCUUGAGAACGACUUCAGGAACAUGAAAAACGAGUGGAGGACCGUGAUGGAAUACACUGAGAUCCGUGCUCGCACAAUCGGCGUUGCGCCCUUCUUUGCUAUGCUCGAGGCGGGAUAUGGUGUGGUCGAACAGUCGGACGUUGACAAGUUGGCGGGACUGCGCCGCUUCCUCACCACGCUAGUGGGUUUUCAAAACGAUCUCGUUGGUCUCGAAAAGGACGUCGAGACGAAGGAAGGCAUGAACCUUCUUUUCGUCCGCCACCGCAAGAAUGUAGACACCGUCGCACAGUUGAACGAGGAUGUCGACGGCACGGUCCACGAACACAACGGAACCGUUGAACGCGUCGUCAGGGAAUGGCAUGGGUUGAUGAAUGGAGAUGUCACCGAGGGCGUGCAGGAUAUGGCCAACUGCUUGGUCGGGUUCGUAAAGGGACAUUUGAUUUGGGCAACAACGGCGAAGAGAUAUCAGGUGGAGUAGAUGUGUUUCAUUUUUGGUAUUGGCGUUAAUGGUCCGUGGGAUAUGGGAAAUGGGAAAUGGGAAACGGUUAUGGGUAAUGAGGCGUU